AUGGGGCUGAAGGUAGCCAUCAUAGGAGCCGGGUUAUCUGGCCUUGCAUCGUUAAAGGCGUGUCUGGAAGACGGUAUCACGGAUGUUACAGUCUUUGAAGGACGAGAUGUCAUCGGUGGACAGUGGAACUACCAGGAGCCUGAUCCAGAGUCUGGCGCAACAGCCUCGUCCAUAUAUGACAAUGUGAUACUGAAUUCAUGCCGCGAUACCUCAUCCUUUAGUGAUUUCCCCAUCGAUCCAGCUCGGUAUCCGGAUUUCUUUGGCCAUCGUCAGUUUCUGCAGUAUAUCCAUGAAUAUGUUGACCACUUUCGACUGGCGCCAUACAUCAAGCUCCAGACAACGGUCAUCUCGUGCAGAUUUCAGCAGACCAAGGCGGGAGCUGACGGUGUGAUCGGGAAAUGGGCGGUCGUCUACCAGAAUCAAAAUAGUGAGCCGGUUGAAGAAGUGUUCGAUGCAGUGCUUGCAUGUACAGGCACCCUCUCUAAGCCCCUGAUACCAGACUUUGACGGCAGAGACAAGUUCCAGGGUGAACUAUUCCACAGCCACACGUAUCGAAAGCCGGCGAAGUUUGAGGGAAAGAGAGUUGCCAUCAUUGGGUUUGGAAACUCGGCGGCUGACCUGUCCUCUGAAAUCAGCACUGUUGCCAAAGAGGUGCAUUUGAUUACUCGCAGGGGCGGAUGGGUUAUUCCCCGAUAUGUGCUGGGCAAGCCAGCAGAGGCUUACGACAGUCGUGUAUUCGAGACCAUCCUUCCAAAGGGACUCUCGGAGUGGUGUCAGAUGAAGCUGUGUGAUGCCGUCAUGGGCGCCCCUCCUGACGAGAUCAAACCCUUACAUAGGCUUUCUCAAGCAAACCUGACAGUUCGAAGCGACCUGCUAGAGAACAUACGUACCGGACGUAUUACUCCUCACCGUGCUGGCGUUGACCGGAUCACUGAGUCCUCGAUUGUCCUCACCAAUGGAACCGCCCUGGAGGUAGAUGUGAUCAUCUGCUGCACGGGCUAUGAUAUCGAGUUACCCUACCUGUUAGAUGAGUACUACCGGAUGGAGGAGAAAGACAGCGUACUGCCUUCGAGGAACAGUCUUAAUCUGUACAGGCUUGUCGCUGCGCCUCGGUUUCAGAACCUGUACUGCAUAGGUUAUAUCCAUCUCGAAGGACCUCUGGUACCAGUGGCAGAGGCACAAGCAAGAUGGGCGGUCGGUGCCAUCACUGGGCAGGUAACAUUGCCUUCCGUGGAAGAAAUGGAGAGAUCGAUCCGUACCUACCAGGAGGACCUAGCCUCUCAAAUAUUCACUUCUCAUCCUGUACGAGCUUACAGGGUCCUUCUGGCAGUGUACUUUGGUCUCAACUCACCGGCUCAGUACCGCUUGUUUGGCAAGGCGGGAAAUCCCAAGCUGGCCGCAGAGACCCUGCUAAGGCUGUCGAGAGGGGAUAAUAAGAUGACUGACGAGGAGAAGAAGUGCAUUCUGGACUACAAAGAUACACACAAACCUUUGGAAUAG